GGGGAGGGGGGAGGAAGGCAGGUCUCACCCAACUGUUGUUUGGCUGCGCAGCUUACUAGACUCGUUCCAAGCCGACGUGAUAUGCUUCCAGGAGACCAAGAUGGGGUUCGGGACGGUGGGGUCGGCACCAGACCAGGUCCGAGUCGACGGAUACGAUGCAUUCUUUGCGCGAGCGAGGGUCAAGUCGGGCUACUCGGGGACGGCCACGUAUGUGAGGAGUGCGACAGCUCGCCCAGACGCCGCCAGGGCGCAGGCCUUUGUUGACCUGCCGCCAGGGACGGCCGGGCUGAGCAGCAGCCGGCUGCACGAGCUUGACGACGAGGGUCGGGCGGUGGUGACCCACCAUGCCGGCUGCGUGGUUGUCUUUAACGUCUACUGUCCCAACUCGGGCGCGACGGAGGACCGGGCUCAGUUCAAGGCCGAGUUCAACGACACGCUGCGGGCGGCGAUGACUCUGGAAAUGGCCCGCGGCCACGCGGUCGUCCUCGUCGGCGACCUCAACGCUGUCCACGAUAUGCGCGACAUGGCAUACGCGGACGAGCUGCCGUCCGACUGGGAGCCGUCGUCGACAUGGCGCUGGCUCGACGGAUUGCUCGCCCUUCCGCAGGACGGUGGCCUCGGCAUGGUCGACGCCUUUCGCGCCCUGCACCCGGACGCCACCCGAGCCUUUACCUGCUGGAACACCCAGACCGAGGCGCGGCUGGCCAAUCAUGGCUCGCGUAUCGACUAUGUCCUUGUCGAUGCUGUGCUCGCACCGGCCGUCGCUGCCUGCUGGAUCGACGCCGACAGGAUGGGCUCGGAUCACGCCCCGGUCGUGGCAGACUUGCAGCUGGCAGCGCUCGCUCCACUCCCGCGCGCGCCACCGCCGCUCGCCUCUAUCUACCUCCCCGAGCUCGCAGGCUCGCAGGCGACUAUCGACGCGUUUGUGGCCGCUGCACGCAGCUGCGAGCCGGCCCCGUCGUCGCUGCCAAGACCGGCGCCCAAAUCCAAGCCCAAGUCGGCACCCGCGUCCAAGCCAGUGACACUGCGGCAGUUCUUCACCCCGCACGCCGCCAAGCCUCGCCGUCCGGCCACCUUGCCGCCGCCCGUGGCGGCAUCGCCCGCCACCCGCGCCGUCCACAACUCGACGUCCACAAUGCAAGCGUGGACGCAGCUACUCAAGCCGCAGACCCAGGACGCAGUCCCGCUAUGCCGCGGCCAUCGCGAGCCGACCAAGCGACUGGUGGUCAACAAGCCCGGGCUCAACCAAGGCCGCGAGUUCUUUAUCUGCGCCCGCCCGCGCGGUCCGCGCGGCGACCUCCGCUGGCGCUGCUCGUUCUUCCUUUGGGCCUCCGAGUUCAAGGCCGCCGUCCGCAAGCGGCAUCGCCCGUCCCCAGCCACCAUCGAUCUCACGUCAUCGCCACCACCCAAGCGCGCCCGGCCCCUUGGCCGCGAGUCGCCUAAUUGA